AUGGUGAAAAACAAGAAGGAUAUUGCAAAAAUGAGAGUAAAUGGCGUUAAGAAUUUGAAAGAAUACCAGAAGCAAAUCAAAAAUUCACUUGAAAGCUUAAAUGAAUUUGCUCUACAGAACGAAAAGAUAUUUCAGUCCAUGGACUUUAGUCACUUCACAAAAUAUGAAAGUAAUAUUCAGAAGUAUCUAAAGAUUCCCCCACAAAUAGACCUGGAACUACCGGCUUUUGUUUCCAAGGACAUAGAUAAAGGUAAACUUUACCAAGAUUUUGGAAAAAUUAUAGAACCCAAAAUACAAAUAGAAACGAUCUACAGAUCAGAUGUAUCCAAUGAGCUCUUAGACAAAGCUGUAGAGAUCGCAUCCUUCCACACUGGAAUAACACCGUUGAUGAGGAUGGCAUGUCUAAAUACAGAGGAGGUGUGGAUUACGAGGAGAAAUAAAACCAUCACUCUUAUUAACAUUCAAGGUUCUACAACAUCACAGAUCACAGCACCACAGGGAUGGCAACCAUUAGGACUGUGCUGCACACAAUCAGGUGACUUAAUGGUCAGUAUACGAACAUUUAACUUUGAACAUUAUAAAGUUGUCCUCUAUGAAGGUAAAAAAAUAAAGCAGGAGAUAGAGAAGGAUGACCAAGGUAAACCACUAUAUAAAGGAGGAAAUAUGAUGCUCUUUGUGUCACAAAACAACAACGGGGAUAUCUGUGCCUCUGAUUGCAAUGCUAAGGUAGUCGUCGUCGUGAACAAUGCAGAAAGACUACGAUUCCGAUAUAAAGGACAGCAAACGAUGAAGAAGCAGUUUGCUCCUACCACUAUUGUCACAGACUCCGCGGGUCGAAUAAUAAUAAAGGAUAAGGGGAAUUUCUGUAUACACAUCAUUGAUCAGGACGGUCAGUUUCUCCGUAGUCUGGAUUUCUGUGGAGCACUGUGUCUGGACACACUGGGAAGACUGUGGGUGGGGGAUAAUGAGAGUGGAAUUGUAAAGGUCAUCAAAUAUACAAAAUAA